AGACUGAGGAUCAAUUAUCAGCGCCGAAACAGCUGAUGACGGAGACGAUAGAAGUCUAGAGUGACGGCCGGAGAGAGAGAGAGAGAGUUCUUUGAUUGUUGUUGGAAGCCACACCUUCGAGUGGCCGUGGAAUCUCCUCCCUUUCAGGUUAAAAGCACAAGGAGUGACCAGGGUGUGAUUUAAACUGCAAAGUACCAGCUAAGUGCUUAAUGUCCUGAGCUAUUGGGGAGAGUUUUAAUUCAUCCAGACCGGAGAAAUCACAGUAGAGGUUUUUUAGAAAAUGAGCAGGUAUUCGACCAGCAAGAGCAGCUCUCUCCUGAAGGACGGCAGCUGGAUCAAAAGGGUGGACGACGAGGACGAAGAUGUGGAUCGAGACCCAAACUUUGGUAAAUCUGUUCUGAGCCAGCGCGGUGACGCUCCUGCUGGACCAGAGGGUAAUGAACCAAAAACCACCGGCGCUCCAAGCAAGUCAACAUCUGUGCUCUCUCUCUCCAAGAGAUUCGGCGGCAGUCAGGAUGAGCUGAGUGCCGGCUCAUUCUCCACCCCGAAGCUCUCGUCUCCCGGCGGAACAAUCACCACGACGACCGUCACAGAGGAGCCGAAGACAUGGACCCCCAGGAAGUACAGUAACGGCAGCACCAGUGAGACCACCACCUCCCACACUGUGAGCUCCUAUGUGGUCAAAAGUCCCACCAAGACCGAGACGUUCACUGAGCGCGUCAAGUCUUCAAGCAAAGGGCCACAGUACUCCAGCUACUCGCCCACCAGGACCACCAAAGUGACCGAGACUCCUGUCUUCAGCCCGAAAGACGCCGGGAAUCAACCCUCCGACACUUACGUCCCCUCGGCCAUCAAGGACGACUACUCUCCCACUGACAGCAAAACAAGCGUCUUCGCCAGCGAGCUUGUGAUGGCGAAACGCAGCCCCGAUGCGGAGGACAAACUCUUCUCCACACUCCUCCCUUCGUCUGGCAAAGAGGAUUACUCCUCCACAGACAGGAAUAGCUUUACAACUCCAACCAAAACAAGGUCUUACUCUACGGCUGAAGAUGACCUGUACAGCACCCUCCUGCCUCGAUCCAUCACCUCGGUAUCUGACCGCACUUCUCCCACCAGCAGCACCAGCAGCAGCCGGGGCAGCAGCAUCAACACCACCAAGAGAGAGAUCAUCACGGUGGAGAGCAGCAAUGGGGUUGAAAGCAGCUUGACUCCGUCCUCCAUCAGAAGCACCAGCUACAGCUCGUACAACGAGGAUCUGCCCUCCACCCGCACCACCUCCUACAGCGUCAGCUCCACCCCCAGCGAGGACUACAGCAGCGACCAAAAGAGCUACUCUUACUCCAGACCCGACUCCAGUUAUGAGUACAGCAGCAUCAGCAGUCCCACCAACACCUACGACUCAAAGACGUACAGGAGCAGCAGCAGGUUGGAUGACACUGAUUUGAUCUACUCGUCCUCCAGGAAGAGUGCAUAUGUAGCUCCUGAGAGGGCAGUGCUUCAGAAAGACCUGUGCACCUACUGCCAUAAGCCCUUCACCGGAGACGCCAAGAUGAUCCUGGAUGACAUGAAGAUCAACUGCCACGCCUCCUGCUUCAAGUGCGAGGUGUGUAGCAACACGCUGGGUCACAUGAAAGCUGGGGACAGCAUGUGGAUCUACAAGCGCAUGGUGCACUGUGAGAACUGCUUUGACGUCACCAGAGAUAAAUGGCACCGCUGAGCUUCUCACUGGAGAACCACGUGAUUUAAGAUGACAUGGAUUGCUGUUCAUCGUGUUUUGGGUGACACGGGUUCUCAUGUACUUGUGAUUCUACAAGCUGACGAGGCUUUAUUUGGGUGUUUGGAAAAAUGAUGACAAUUACAUGAUGAAUAUAAUUUUAAGUACCAUUGCAGCUCGCUGUAACUGGGCUGCAGGCGUGCUGUUGCUGUCUAAAUCCUACUUGUGAUAUUCUCUUAAGUCUUCAGACUGUAUUGGGAUUGUGUGAUAUGAAAUAUAUUAUAUAUUUAGAGCCGGGGGCAUUUUCUGUGUGCAAUAAAGACAAUCUAUAUAAAUGAAAA